UUGUUGAUUGGCUAAGCAAAUAUAUUCAUUCUUCUCUUGUGCAUGAUCAAAAUGAGACGCUCGACUUCAGGGAAAACCAAUGAUAGAGGUGAAACCUUUAGAGUUAGGUAUUGUACAGAAGGGCUCAAUUUGGAUUCAGUUGCUGAUCAACUUCUGAACAACAUUUAGGAGAGCUUUGGCAACUUGAACCUUUUUUAGAACAAUUUAAGAACUUUAGCCCAGUAUUUGAAAAAAAUAGAAUGAAUUUAAUUAUUAUGUUCUAAUCAAGGGGAAAACCCUUGGAAUUUAUAAGAAGUGAGAUGAAAUCUUGUUUGAAAUACAAAUUUUAGAAGACUACUCUAUAAAGGUUUUUAUCUAAUUGAGGAAGCUAUCCAUUUUGCUCAAUAGCAUUUUAGAGGCAGCUUUUUCAUUAGUCCUUAUCUUUCUUCAGAAUUGCAGGAACCUUCAGGUGAGAUAGUGAAGACCGCCUUAAGCCCACUAGCAGGUGGAAGACAAUUAGUUCCCUAACUGGAAAUUAAUCAAUAUUUAAUUAAAGGAUCCUUCUCAACUUUUACAUCAAUUCCAUUAGUGAAUGACGUUCAGAGGCAACUUAGGAUGUAUUUCAAUCCAUAUGUUUCCUUACCAGAGCUGCCAAAUGAUUCAAAACAACUAAUUUUUCAAAAAGUAGAAGCUUCAGGCCAUGCUAAAUUGAAGGCAAUUCAACAAUUCCUUCAACAAAUAGUUGAAGAUGGUAUCAACCGACCUGGUAUAGGCUUCACAUGGGACAUCUAUUAUUCUACUAUAGAAGGAAGAUUCAAAAGGUGUAAUAGGUGUGAAGGAGAAACUGCAGAUGGGAUUCCACUUGAUCAAUAUGACUGUCAGUGUCAACUUGUCUAUAGCAUUUGCAAAGUUUCUCUAUAUCUAUCCUCCUAUAAACCCAUUCAGUUUUUAUAUGAAGGGGAAAUCAUUGAGUUAACUCCAAAGUUACUCCUUGAAUAUGGUUUUCUCUAUCAAUUAAUUUUUAUAAAAAUGGCAGAUACUGAUCUUGUUGGAAGAAAAUUUGCCAUAGUUGUCUUAGAAAGCAUGCCUCCCAACUACAUUGAGGCAUUGAUUCAGAGCAAAGCCCCUGAAUGGAAGGGUAGACAUCUGCUUCCAGCACAACACAAGAUUAUUUUAAGGAGAAGGAGCAGUUUACCACCUCUCUACAAGACAUUCAGGCCUGGCCAUUCAUUACUCAAUCCUUCACAAAACAACUCAGACACUGGAGAGCUAGAACAAUGGCACAUGUAGAUCAUGGGAGAUGAUUUUACAACUUGAUACACCCUCUUUAUUGAGAAUGUUAUUCAAAAAAUUUAUCUUGAUUUU